GCACCACGGCAGCAAGCAUACCUGAACGUACAUUUAUUUCCUUUAAUUUUUAUUAAAACUUUUUUUUUAAUUUUUAUAAUGAAGCAUCUCAUAUCAUCUGUCAUAGCAAUUUUGGCGGUAAACGUGUCCUUAGUAAUGGGCUGGGGAUACAGAGCGUCAGAUCAGCGGCGUUGGGCGGUGUUGCACCCGGCGUGCGGUGGCCGGCAACAGUCGCCUAUUGCUAUUGCGGCGCGUCAGGCCAUACCCAUCUCUAUUCCCGCCAUGGAGCUGGUCGGCUACCAGAAUCCACUGCCGGGGCCCUUGACUAUAACCAACAAUGGUCACUCAGUGGCAUUAACUAUCCCGAAGUACUCAUCUGAAGAGGAAAAGAAAGGUUUCCGUCUACCUUACAUCUUCGGUGGUCCGUUAGACAAUGAAUAUGAGAUUGAAAGCUUCCACUUCCACUGGGGCGAUAAGAACAACCGCGGCUCGGAGCACACGCUCAACGACAUGCGCCUGCCGCUGGAGAUGCACAUCAUACAUAGGAACAAGAAAUACCGGAGUCUUGCUGAGGCGUUACAGCAUCCUGACGGUCUUUGUGUCCUUGCUUUCUUCUAUCAGGUCGUGGAAUUCGACGCCAAACUUCUAACGCCGAUUGUGAAGAAUCUAUCCGCUAUUGAGAACUUCAACACAAGCAUGCAACUCCCCCAUACGUUCUCCCUCUCUUCUAUCCUGUCAGGCCUGGACACUGAACGCUUCUACACGUACAAAGGCUCGCUGACCACGCCCCCGUGCGCUGAGGCUGUCACGUGGGUCAUAUUCUCUGACUAUCUACCGAUCUCCGUGUUCCAGAUGGACAAUUUCCGUGGCCUUCUUUCAAACCUUAACCUGCCUCUCGUUGACAACUUCCGACAACUACAACCACUCUUCGGUCGGAGAGUUUUCGUUCGUAUAACGUCGAAAAAUCCAAAAUUCAAGAAAACAAAACUACAUUACUCAAAAUGGGACUGGGUGGGACACAAAAAGGCUGAAAAUGAUGUCGCGGAAUUUGACGACUAAACAAGUAACGCGACGGUUCUCCUGACAAUUAGUCCACGGCGAUGUCUUAAAUUACCACAGAGAGGAAAAUACAACCCACCAAAUUAACGUUUUAUUUUUGCUUUGUAUUGUCCUCUCUUAUUUAGUAAUGCGAUUCGGUUUAGAAUGUUCUAGACCACUGAAUCAUGUCGGUAUCGCAUUCUAACGGCUAAGAUCUAUGUGUUUUCUUUAUUACGGGUACUUAACUCUUACAAAAACCAAAUAAUGGGUAAAUGUUAAUAUUUUAAUCUAUGUUCAAUUGACAUAUGUGUAGGCACAGAUACAAUACUAAAUAUUUGUGCAUAUAGUAUUACUAUGUAUAAGUUGUUAAUAAAUAUUUGUAAAUAAAGUGAUUAAAAUUUA